AUAUCGUAUGCAUCAAAUCAUACAAUUAUUUAUAAGCUAGUUUUUUAAGGAAUAAACACUUAAAUUUAGUGAAUUUGCAGUGCGAAAUCUUUAAAAAACCACAGACGAACACUUGGCACAAACGAAAGUUACGUGUAAACGUCGUGGCUUUUGUUUAAUUAUUUUGAAAAAUAAUAAACAUAUAAAUAAAAAAUAUAUAAGAACUUUGGCAACUAAAACCAAACCCUCUUUGUACACAUACGCAACAACAACAAAAAAAAAGCAACUAGUGUUAACAAAAAAUCUGUAAAGUGUAAACAACAACAAAGAGAAGAAGCAGCAGCAACAGCAGCAGCAUAAAAUAAUUUUCUAUACGCGUGUAAUAUAAACAGCCGCAAAAUUACGUCAAUUAUUGAAAACCUACCCGGCGCCAUAGCUCACAAUCAUCAAAACAACAUCAUGGAAGAAGAUGAAAGGGGCAAACUUUUUGUGGGCGGCCUAUCCUGGGAGACAACGCAGGAGAAUUUAUCGCGUUACUUUUGCCGCUUUGGCGACAUUAUUGAUUGUGUUGUCAUGAAGAACAAUGAGAGUGGGCGCUCGCGUGGCUUUGGUUUUGUUACCUUUGCUGAUCCGACCAAUGUGAAUCAUGUGCUCCAGAAUGGACCACACACAUUGGAUGGGCGCACCAUCGAUCCGAAGCCGUGUAAUCCACGUACGCUGCAGAAGCCCAAGAAGGGUGGCGGCUACAAGGUUUUCCUGGGUGGUUUGCCCUCGAAUGUUACCGAAACGGAUUUGCGUACGUUCUUUGGACGUUACGGCAAGGUAACUGAGGUGGUUAUCAUGUACGAUCAAGAGAAGAAGAAAUCGCGCGGUUUUGGCUUCUUAUCCUUUGAGGAGGAGUCAUCCGUGGAGCAUGUGACCAAUGAGCGUUAUAUCAAUCUGAAUGGCAAGCAGGUGGAGAUUAAGAAGGCCGAGCCACGCGAUGGCUCUGGUGGUCAGAACUCCAACAACAGUGCUGUCGGUGGAGCUUACGGCAAGCUUGGCAAUGAGUGCAGCCACUGGGGUCCACAUCAUGCUCCCAUCAACAUGAUGCAAGGCCAGAAUGGUCAGAUGGGUGGUCCACCACUAAAUAUGCCCAUUGGAGCGCCUAAUAUGCUACCUGGCUAUCAGGGCUGGGGUACUUCGCCACAGCAGCAAGGCUAUGGUUAUGGAAACAGUGGUCCUGGCUCUUACCAAGGCUGGGGUGCACCACCUGGCCCACAAGGCCCGCCACCACAGUGGUCCAACUAUGCGGGACCACAGCAAACGCAGGGAUAUGGCGGCUAUGAUAUGUACAACUCGACAUCAACAGGCGCACCAUCUGGACCAUCGGGCGGCGGCAGCUGGAACUCGUGGAAUAUGCCACCAAACUCAGCUGGGCCAACAGGCGCACCUGGCGCUGGUGCUGGCACCGCCAGUGACAUGUACUCACGUGCUCAGACUUGGGCAGCGGGUGGACCAUCUACCACUGGACCUGUGGGCGGCAUGCCACGCACCGGUCCCGGCAACUCGGCCUCUAAGUCUGGCUCCGAGUAUGACUAUGGCGGCUAUGGCUCCGGCUACGAUUACGAUUAUAGCAACUAUGUUAAGCAGGAGGGUGCCUCCAACUACGGUGCCGGACCAAGAUCAGCGUACGGCAACGAUAGCUCCACACAGCCGCCGUAUGCAGCCUCACAGGCUGUCUAGGCUCUCUCUCUCUACAAAAAUACCCACAACACACACACUAAGAGAGAGCAACGUCGAGCGUCGAUCAACGUCGAACGUGAGGUGAAUGAUGAAGAAGACAAAAAGAUGUUGGUAAUUGUAAGCUAAAGCGUCGUCUGUUUGUUUAAAAACACAUUUUGCGUUAAAAUUAAACACCACCCACACAUAUAGAUAUAUAUAGUUGAUAUAUAUAUAUGUAUAAACUAUGCUAUAAUGAGUAUGUAAACAAAAAAAAGAGAAACAAAAAGAACAGCAGUCAACACUACAGAAUGAGAGCAAGUUAGAGAGUGAAGGUACAUUUUUUUACCCCUCAAACUACAUCCCCCACCACCCCCACACACUUGUUUGUACUAUAUAUGCUAUUUACUAUAAUUUACUACAUUGCAUAAAAUAUUAAUAACGAAAAGCAAAAUAGAAUUGUGAAGAUUUAUAUAUGUAAUGAUGAUGAUGAUGAUCUUAGCCAAUUAGAUACAAGAGUAAAGUGUAAAUCAACAACUGAACACACACAUACAACAAAAAAGUAAGCUUAAUUAUGAGAAAGCGUGAGAGAAAUUAUACUUAAAAAAAAAUAUACAAAACAAAUCCC